UCACCAUCGUUCCACCAGUCAACGAUGGGUUAGGUGACAAGAAGAAUAAAGCUAAAACAAAGCUUAUGCUCAGAGCAAGUGUUUAGUUAGCUACUAUCGGUCAGAGAUGGGUUGGCCGUCCCCUCUAGAAUUAAAGAAACAGCUAUCCCUCUGCGCAUUGUUGUUGGUUUUACAGUUCAAUUCGUUACUUGUUUCUCCUUCCCCUGCUUCAGCUUUUGCAUCUCCCACCACCACUACUGUCACCAUUGAACAAGCCAACGCCCUUCUCAAAUGGAAAGCCAGUUUCCAAAACCAAACCCAGUUGCUUCUUCCUUCCUGGAGAAUUCCUAGUAGUAAGACCACCAAUUCUUCUUCCCUACUGAUCCCAUGCAAUUGGGUUGGAAUUGCUUGCAGUCAGGAUGGCAGCAUCACCAAUAUAAAUCUACCAGGAAUGGGACUACAAGGUAUGCUCCACGAUUUCAAAUUCUCAUAUUUUCCAGAUCUCGUUAGUCUUAAUCUUUCCAGCAAUUCAUUCUUUGGCCCCAUUCCAUCCUACAUUGGUAACCUUUCAAAACUCACCCACCUCGAUCUGUCAUUCAACCAAUAUGGUGCGGACAUCCCAUCCGAAAUUGGCUUGCUAACGCAUCUCCAGGUCUUGUUUCUCGAUGACAAUCUUCUAAGUGGAUCCAUACCCAUAUCUUUAUGUAAUAAUCUGUUCAAUCUCACCAAUUUAGUCCUCGGGGGAAAUCAAUUUUCUGGUAUCAUUCCUCCACAAAUUGGAAAUUUGAGAGCUCUUCAGGAGUUAUCUCUGUAUAGUAACAAUCUUACUGGUCCGAUCCCUCCAUCUUUAGGUAAUUUGAGUAACUUAAUAUAUCUAUCCCUCUUUAAAAAUCAGUUCUCAGGCCCCAUUCCUCUUGAAAUAGGAAAUCUGACAAAUCUCAUAGAAAUAGACUUAUCUGUUAACCAUUUGACAGGUCCCAUCCCAACCAAUUUGGCAAACUUGAACAAACUAAGCGUUUUGCACCUGUUUGAUAAUAAAUUAUCUGGCUCCAUCUCUCCAAAUUUAGGAAAUCUAAGUGCACUUACUAGACUGAGCUUGCAUACAAAUGAUCUUAUUGGUUCAGUCCCUGCUGAAUUAGCUAACUUGAGCAAUCUGACCCGUUUACGCCUCGAUACCAAUCAAUUUUCUGGUUCCGUUCCUCAAGAAAUAGGAAAGCUAGAGUCUCUUGUUGAGUUCACUUUAUUUACAAAUAAUAUGGUCGGUUCCAUCCCUGCAUCUUUAGGUAAUUUAAGCAGAUUAAGGGUUCUAAGUCUUUUUGAUAAUCAACUCUCUGGUUCCAUUCCGCCUGAGCUAGGAAAACUACAGUCUCUUUUACUCUUCGAUUUGUCGGGUAACAAUUUGUCUAGUGUUCUCCCUGCAUCUUUGGGUAAUUUAAGCAACUUAUACGUUCUACAACUCCAAAUGAACCAAUUUUCUGGUUCGAUUCCCCAAGAAAUGGGAAGGCAGCCAAACUUGGAAAUGCUAUCUCUUUUUGACAACAAUUUCUCUGGCUAUUUGCCACAAGAUAUAGGCAUGGGUGGACGACUUCAGAACUUUUCUGCAUUUAACAAUCACUUCACUGGUCCCAUUCCAAAAGGUUUAAGAAACUGCACAAGCUUAGUGAGACUUCGGCUCGAAAACAACCAACUCACCGGGAAUAUAACAGAAGAUUUUGACAUCUACCCAAGUCUUGAUUAUAUUGAUUUGAGCCAUAACAAAUUGUAUGGGGAGCUUUCCAGAAACUGGGUGGAGUGUCAAAGUCUCAAGGGUCUUCUCUUAUCUGGAAAUCUGAUCAGUGGUAGAGUACCGGCUGAGUUUGGGGAGUUGACUCAACUGAGCCUACUUCGCUUGUCAUCAAAUCGUCUAGUUGGGGAGAUCCCAAAGGAACUGGGAAAGAUGAAAUCUUUGUUUGAGUUGAGCUUGAACGAUAACAAGCUACUGGGUAGGCUGCCACCAGAACUUGGAGCAUUGUCCAACUUGGAAAAUCUUGAUUUGUCAGCUAACAAAUUAAGCGGGCCAAUACCUAAAGAAUUAGGGAGCUGCUCCAAGCUAUUAUAUUUGAACCUCAGUAUGAAUAGAUUGAAUGGAAGCAUCCCAACCCAAAUUGGUAAUUUACUUUCCCUGCAACGUUCACUGGAUCUGGGUCAGAACAAUCUAACUGGAGAGAUCCCACCAGAAGUGGGAAGACUGCAAAAUCUGGAGAGGCUAAAUCUCUCUCAUAAUAAACUCUCUGGUUCUAUUCCAUCAUCAUUUGAUAAAAUGAUUAGUUUGACACAUAUAGAUCUGUCAUACAAUGAGUUGGAAGGCCCACUUCCCAACAACAAAGCCUUUCAACAUGCUCCCAUGGAAGCUUUCAGAAAUAACAAAGCAUUAUGUGGCAAUGUAAGGGGUUUGUUGCCUUGCAAUUCUUCUCAGGGAAAGGUGGAAAAUACCAACAAGGAUCAUAAGGUCUUAAUCUUCAUCAUAGUACCUCUAUUAUGUGCAUUGUUUCUCCUGUUUACAUUUGUGGGAAUUGCUUAUUCUGUCUUUCAAAAAAGGGAUAGUAAUACAGAGAUAGAUCGAAGAGAGAGACAUCAUCAUGAUGGAGAUCUGUUUUCUAUAUUGAAUUAUGAUGGAAGAUUAGUGUAUGAAGAUAUCAUUGAAGCAACGGAGGAUUUCAAUGAGAGAUUUUGCAUUGGGAUGGGAGGAUUUGGGAGCGUCUAUAGAGCUCAGUUGCCAACAGGUCAAGUAGUAGCUGUGAAGAAGCUUCACCAAACAAUUCACGAUGAUGGUGAAGAUGCAGACAUGAAAAGCUUUAGAAAUGAGAUACAGACGUUAGCAGAGAUACGCCAUCGGAACAUUGUGAAGCUUUAUGGCUUUUGUUCACACCCACGACAUUCAUUUCUGGUUUAUGAGUACUUGGAGAGAGGAAGCUUGGCUAAGAUGUUAGCUGACAUGGAACAAGCAACUGAGUUGAGCUGGACUAGGCGCAUACAUGUGAUAAGAGGUGUUUCCAAUGCUUUAUCAUACAUGCACCAUAAUUGUUCUCCACCAAUUGUUCAUCGAGACAUAUCAAGCAACAAUAUCUUGUUGAAUACAGAGUAUGAGGCUUUCGUCUCUGAUUUUGGCACUGCUAGACUUCUAAAGCCUGAUUCAUCAAAUUGGGCUUCUUUAGCUGGUACAUACGGAUAUAUUGCCCCAGAACUUGCUUAUACAGUGAAGGUAAAUGAAAAGUGUGAUGUCUAUAGCUUUGGAGUAGUAAUAAUGGAAGUGAUAACUGGAAGGCAUCCACGUGAAAUCAUAUCUUCUCUAUCAUCAUCUUCAUCUUCUUCAUUGCCAUCAUUUUGCCAAAUGACAUUUGUAAGGGAUAUAUUGGAUCAACGUCUCUGUACCCCUACAAACCAAGAGUUUGAUGACAUAAUCUUUAUUAUAAGAUUAGCAUUUUCAUGCUUACAUGUUGAUCAACAAUCCCGGCCAACCAUGCAGUAUGUGUCUCAAGAGUUGUCCAAACGUGGGAAACCUUGCCAAAAGCCAUUUGACAUUACAUUGGAGCAACUAUUGGAUAGUGAGCAAUAAUUAUCUAUGUAGAAGAAUAUUGUUUAAUAAUUAAGAUGGUUAGUGUGACAAAAAAUAAUAAUUUUGU